AUGGCCCCAGAAGUAGUCCGCCUGCAGCUGGAUCUUGCAUCGGAACGUCGUUGCCGAGAGCAACUGGAGAAGAAGGUGGUGAACCCAACUCAAAGAUCACCUCGUGUGCCACCCGUGAACAAAGCAACCUGGUCUUUUGAGUCCAUCCUUCCUCGAGAGCGAAAGAGUUUGAAGGCGCCAGAGCAAGGAUCGCAACCGGUGCAGGUGUCGAAGGAAACGAGUGAAACCCUUCAAAAUUUAGAUGACUUGGAUGGAGCUACUGCUCAGAAAGAAUUUCGCACCGAACAGAGCACUGCACUUUCUGAUCUUUCUGCAACAGCCAGCGCUUCUUUGGAGCGGGAGAACGAAGGCGAUAACCAUGUCAGCGAUGAAAGUAAGACAACGGCAGCAAGCGGUCAGGCCAGUGCAGAAAGUGCACAAAGUGCGGCAGAGGCAAUCGAUGUCCAGGGCAUCGCAACGUGCUUUGUCCAGGUGACAGCCAGGCUGGAAAUGCCAAUGAGAGAUGUGAAAGCAAUGCCACUGAUUGUAAAAGAGUAA